GUCCCUGACCAAGUAUGGAUUAGAUUCAUCCGCGGGUCACUUUCAAAGGACUUUCAUUCAAUAGAGAAACAUCUAGGCCUCUACAUAUUAUAGGACAUUUAAUUUAAUAUGCAUACCACUUUUUCAUUGAACUUUAUUUAGCUAGAAUAUGUAAUUACUUGAUUUUAAACAUGUCAAGGAUUUCAGAAAGUGCGAUAUGACAAAUGUAAGGUAACUUUAACCCUUAUUGAGAACUCUUAAUUAGUUAUACUGCUAAAUUUAUAACAGUGUUAAUGGAAAAAUGUAUUUAAUUAUAAAACUGUUUAUGUUUAUUUUUAUUAGAAAAUGUAUUUAAUUGUUUUGAAACUCAUCAAGGAUUUCAGAUGCUGUGAUAUAAGAAAUUGAAGGUAACUUUAACCCAUAUUGACAUCAGCUACGGGGUUAUACUGGAAUAUUUUUAACAGUGAAUCUGGAAAAUGUUACGGAGUGUUAGGUGUGAAUAGUGAAGGUGCAGAAGGAUUGAUGACUGCAGGCAUUAAGCAGAUCUCCAGGGUGCUGAAGUUGAAUCUCUCAGCGACACCGACGAGCCUCAUCAAACUCUUGUUUGUGAGCUGAGAUCUACGCAUAUUUAUUUAUGCCCACGGAACAACUGACAUGACAAAACCAUCGGUAAAGAUGAGCCUGUGAUUUAAAGGAUUUUAUUCAACCUUAUGAAAGGAAAUACUGGAGGAAAACUUUGUGGACAUGUUUUGAUGCAUGCAUCACGGGGCCCAUGUAAUAAUGGUGUCUGUCUCUCAUAACGGCUUCUAAAGGAGGACAAUGCGUCAUAUUCACCUCCCAUUCGGAGGUGCUUUAUGGCAGUUCUCCAGUUACCCUUGCUGCCCUGUCCUGAGGAGCAGACGCAGCCUCUCAACGCUGCCAUUCUAUAGCAUUACACUAUGGAUUAUUCUCGGCGUGCUGACGUUUCCACGCUGUGUCCAGUGUCUCGUUUUCAAAGUAGGAAUCAUAGGCCCAUGGAACUGUGACCCUAAUUACGCAAAAUCGCUUCCCGCCAUUGCAUCCCGAUUGGCUGUCGGUCGCAUCAACAAUGAUUUUAGCUUAGAUCUGGGCUGUACGAUGGACUUCGUCAUCCUUCAGGAGGCCUGUGAGACGUCUAAAGCCCUGACCUCAUUUGUUCAGUAUGAAAACGUGGCCGAUGCAUUUGUAGGCCCCACUAAUCCAGGAUACUGCAAUGCAGCAGCACUAAUGAGCAAGAAUUGGGACAAGUCUCUAUUUUCGUGGGCAUGUGUUAACCAUGAGUUAGACCGUGUUCAGGGUUACCCGACAUUUGCUCGGACAUUACCAUCCCCAUUACGGGUGCUUUUUAACGUUCUGAAGUUUUUCAGAUGGGCCAACAUUGGGAUAGUGUCUUCUAAUGAGGAUAUAUGGAUUGACACAGCGGCUAAAUUGGCGAGUGCUCUCAGAAACCGGGGCCUUCCUGUUGGCAUCGUCACGUCCAUGGGGAAUAAUGACACCAUGCUGGAGAACACACUGAUGAGCAUCAAGAACGCAGGGGACAUCAAAGUCAUCAUUAUGUGCAUGCACUCAGUGCUCAUUGGCGGAGAGCAACAAGCCACUUUCCUGACGAAGGCCUAUGACAUGGGUCUGGCGAGCGGUCGAUAUGUGUUCAUACCAUAUGACACGCUCCUGUACAGCCUGCCCUACAUCAACAUCACAUACUACCCUCUGCAGAACAACAGCAAACUGAGCAAAGCCUACGACGCGGUGCUCACUAUUACUCUAGACUCAGAUAUCAUGACAUUCAAUGAAGCCUUCAAUGCGGCCAAACAACUCGGAGAACUGAUGGUGACACAGGAGCCAGAGCAGGUCUCUCCGCUCUUUGGUACAAUCUACAACAGUUUGUACCUCCUCGCCAAGUCCAUGCACAACGCCAGAAGAGCCGGUCGCUGGUUGUCCGGGACCAAUCUGGCCUAUUUCACCAGGAACAUUACAUUCACUGGCUUCAACCAGGAUAUCCAAACAGAUGAGCAGGGAAACGGCCAGACCAACUAUGUGAUUCUGGACACUGAGGCCUGGGGCACUCAGCUGUAUCGCUGCUUUCUGGUGGACAUGACCUCAGAUUUGGUGCUGUUUGCUGGCAGGUUCAUUCAUUUCCCUGGAGAGUCGCCUCCUCCUUCAGACUCCAGGUGCUGGUUUGAGGACAAUGCCAUCUGCACUGGAGGUGUGGAUAUCAUAUACGUCAUCAUAGCAUUUGUGAUAGUUUUGAUUAUAGUUCUUGGUUCUAUUGGCCUAUCUCUUUUCAUAAGGAGGCGAAUCCAGCAAAUCCAACUGAUUAAAGGGCCCAACAGAAUACUGCUAACACUGGAGGACCUGACCUUCAUCAACCCACAGCUCAGCAAGAGAAAAAUCACCCUUGAGGAUCUUAGCGACUCUAAAAGUUACAUAGAAGAGAAAAGCACAGGGGAUCGAUCGCGCUCUGUAAACAGUAUGGCAACUGCAACACAUGAAACGUCUAAUGUAGCUGUUUAUGAGGGUGACUGGGUUUGGCUGAAAAAGUUUACAGAGGGGCAUUUCAAGGAGGUCAAGCAGAGCACUACUAAGAUUUUUACCAAGAUGAAGGACCUGCGGAAUGAAAAUGUCAAUCCAUUUCUGGGGUUCUUCACCGACUGUGAGAUGUUUGCCAUUGUCACUGAGCACUGCUCUCGGGGGAGUCUGCAUGACCUCCUUCGCAAUGAUGAUGUCAAACUGGACUGGAUGUUUAAAUCCUCCUUGGUGCUGGAUCUCAUCAAGGGCAUGAAAUAUCUUCACCACAGGGAGUUUCCUCAUGGGCGUCUGAAGUCUCGUAAUUGUGUUGUAGAUGGACGUUUUGUCUUAAAGAUCACUGAUUAUGGUUACAAUGAGAUUCUUGAGACCCAGAAAGCACCAAAGGAGACACUGCCACCAGAGGAUCUAUUCUGGACAGCUCCUGAACAUCUCAGGGAUCCUGAAAGUCCACGGAAAGGAACUUAUAAAGGAGAUGUGUACAGCUUUGCGAUUAUACUUCAAGAAGUUGUUGUCAGAGGAGCACCGUAUUGCAUGCUCGGCCUGUCCCCUGAAGAGAUAAUAAGAAAGGUGAAGAAACCUCCACCUAUGUGCCGACCCACUGUAGCUCCAGAUCAAGCUCCACUGGAGUGCAUCCAGUUGAUGAAGCAGUGCUGGAGUGAACAGCCUGAUAGAAGGCCUCCUUUUGAUCAGAUUUUUGAUCAGUUCAAGCUCAUCAACAAGGGCAAAAAGACCAACAUUAUCGACUCCAUGUUGCGCAUGCUGGAGCAGUACUCAUCCAACCUAGAAGACCUGAUCAGAGAAAGAACAGAGGAGCUGGAGGUGGAGAAACAAAGGACAGAGAAGCUUCUGUCUGAGAUGCUUCCUCCCUCUGUGGCAGAAGCUCUGAAAACCGGUGCCUCCGUGGAGCCAGAGUACUUCGAUCAAGUCACCAUCUACUUCAGUGACAUCGUAGGCUUCACCACCAUCUCAUCUCUCAGUGAUCCAAUAGAGGUUGUAGACCUGCUCAAUGACCUCUACAGCCUAUUUGACGCUGUACUGGGCAGCCAUGAUGUCUACAAGGUCGAAACCAUUGGAGAUGCCUAUAUGGUGGCCUCUGGGCUGCCAAAGAAGAACGGCAACAAGCACGCAGCCGAGAUCGCCAACAUGUCGCUGAACAUUCUCAGCUCCGUGGGCUCCUUCAAAAUGCGGCACAUGCCUGAAGUUCCGGUCAGGAUACGGAUCGGCAUUCACUCAGGGCCGUGUGUUGCUGGAGUCGUGGGUCUAACUAUGCCUAGAUACUGCCUUUUUGGAGACACAGUCAACACCGCCUCUCGUAUGGAAUCUACAGGGUUGCCUUACAGAAUUCAUGUGAACAUUAGUACAGUGCAAAUUCUCCGCUCACUGAAUGAUGGCUACAAAAUAGAUGUUCGUGGAAAGACUGAGCUGAAGGGGAAAGGCAUUGAAGAAACAUACUGGCUUGUUGGGAAAGCUAAUUUUACUAAGCCUUUGCCAAAUCCACCAGAGAUCAAACCAGGGGAAGACAACCAUGGUUUGAAACCUGAGGACAUUGAGGCUUACAAGAGAAGGAAAGCUGAGAAAAAGGCAUGAUCUCGUAGCCAAAUGCAAGGAGAGAUAACUGGCAAGACAUGAUGACGGAGGAGAUCAAGUCAUUAUUUCGCAAGGCCAACAGACCAGUGGACAAGCACAAAAUCUAACAAUUUUCAAAAAACCCAAGGAAUGAAGUUAGAACUGACAAAUAAGGAAAGACACACGGCAAGCUGCAUGGGAAAGACACAAAGGGCAACACAAGCAUGUGUGUUUCACUGCAGCUUACAAAGACUACUUUAAUAGGAUUAAUAGUCGUCUGUCUAAUCCGACUCUGCACAGCGCAGCAGAAACAACAGCGCUAAUGAAAUGGCAGGUAGUCAGUGAAAGUGUAUUGCUUUCCAAUGUUUAACGCUGUCAUACUUUCUCAGUUUUGGCCACAGAGUGGCUGUGUGUGCAUCCCAUACCAAAGGUGAGCUCAUGUUUGGGAUUUUUUAGAGUUUGCCACAUAUUUGUUACUCACGGUGGAGCUUUCAUUGAUUUUCUUUGAUAUUCUCUAACUAAAAAACAAUGUAGUGACAUAAUCAGAUUUGGCAAAAGCUUAUUGGAUAUCUGUUUCAAAGACCAAAUGUGAUAUUCUAGAGAUGUUUAAAUGUAAAAGCCAAAUUGCGAGAGGUUGGUUGAUAGCAAGCAAUUACAAAUGUAAGGCUGCUGUGUGUUGUCUCUGGACUGGUGAUGAGUAUGACUGUGUUUAUGCUGAGUAAGAAGUUGCUGAAGAGAUAUUACACAGUGGAAUGCAAUAAUUCUGUGAAUUCUGUUCAUGUAUGCAAACACGUUUAUUUAUACUAUGCAGAAAACUUCAUAUUAGUUGCCAUACAUUUAGAAAACUGGAGCGUAAUUGACGUCUGACUGCUUUUAAAUGGCAUUAAAUCAGACUAAUCGGUUUAAUAAAGGGUCUUAUCUCUCUCUGAUGAAACACAUGUGCUUGUAAUGGAUAGAAAAUGAAAUGUUUAAGUUGCUGUGCAGUUUAAGUUGUAUUAAACAUUUAGGCUGGGUUUGUCUGAGAGGGAUUGACUGCCUUACACAAGCUGUUUCAAAUCACAAAUGGCAUUUUCUGUUCUUCUAAACUCUCAGGCACAGCCUGAGUGGUGUUUUUAAUGAUCAUAUUUCUGAAUUUUUUCUUCAUUUUCUGUUUGUCAAUGCUUUUGGCCAGUCAGAUCUCAACAGGCGGAUGUCUCUCUGUGAUAGUUCAGUUUUGCACUCCUAGCAUUUUACAUUGCAUGUUAAACAUGUAAAUAAGUACUGUACAAUAUAAAGAUACAUCCAGAGUCUAUAAUUGUUACAUUUUAUUAACAACUGUAUGGAUAGCUGCUAGUUUCCAAACGCUCAAUUUCAUGCUAACAAAAGAUACAUGUUCUGAUGCUGUGUACAUACAAUAACAUGCUAACCAGUCAAACCAA